AUGGAAGAUUGUUGCAGUAAUGAAAUGCGCAGUCAAACCUUUCAUAAUUUGUUAAAAUCAGUAUUAGAUUCAAAAGUCAUCAACAUACAAGUGUUCACCGUGGCCGUUGGUAUCCUGUUUUUUGUGAUUUUACUGAAGAAUCGUUUUCGGAGUUUCUGUGGCACUUAACUAUACAAUAGCGUAGAAGGACUGGAGUACUGUGGUGAUGUGUAAAACUGGAUAUGUAGUAACUUAAUAAAUUAAGAUUCAUUAUAAAAAUCUCACUAGAAAAGUUCUUUUAUUUUUCAUUGCAGUUGGUAGAUAUGUAUAUAGUGAUUCGCACAUUUGUACAAAAGUGUGUGAGCACUGGACUUCACAAUGUCUUUGAGGAUUUACAGACUUAGGUGUACAAAUUCCAAUAGGAAUAUUAUACAUAUUAUACCAAAAAUGAUAUAUGUACGUAACUAUAUAUAUAUCGGUUAUGCGCUGCACCAUUGUUUUCACCGGUUCGGCGCUUUGCAUAUAACUAAGAUAUACAACAUACCUUACAUUAAAAUGUUGCAUCCACGAUCUGGGCCGUUAUAGUUGCAAUAUUAAGGCUUACUUUGUAUAAUGGUGUUCCUUAUUGGAAAUUCUAGUGGUCUAAUUGAUACCAAUGUUGAAAACACAUUACAAACCAUACUAAAUUUAUAAAUUCCAACUAGUACAUGUUAUAUUCAUCUUCAUUAGUUUACGCGAACACUUUUUAACACAAAUAUACUUUUAUAAACUAUAAUAAUUCACUACAAAAUGAAUCACAACUAUUAUGUUUAAAACUGCGCGAAAACAACUAGACGCCACAUCAAAUUUAGCGCAAAAAGACACCAUAUUUAAUUUCCAGUACAUAUACAAGCAGCCAUUACUUAAUACAGGGCGGCCUAAUUUACAAUUAUUUUCAAAUUUCAAUUACACCUUGCAGGCUAAUUAGGCCUUGUUUCAUAUGUCACAUUCAAAUUUGCAACACUUAUCUCAGUUGGUGUGGGGUUUUUCAAGUGGCAAGUUGAAGAAGGAAAAAGUCUCUGAAGCUGUGUAGCAGAAAAGUAAAAAUACAAUUUUUCACAUAAAUUGCAAUCUAAUUUAUAAAUAAAAUGUAUAUUGUAAGCAUGAAAGGUUAGUUGUUUAUCAUAAUUUAUUGAUUGUAAUGAAAUACGGCUUACUGCACGGAAAUAAUAUAUGUAUGUGGAAUAUACGCCAUUUUGAUAUUUCGGACAGCGAAAUUCUUCAACUGCAAAAUGCUGUAUGACGAAAUGGAAAGGCGAAAAAGUAAGGUUGGAGUGUUUUAUAUAUUCCAGUUAAAUUAACAACAAUUGUGCCACAAAACUACAACAAUGAUAACAAUACAAAAACACCAAUGAAGUGAUGAAGUGUUUUUUAUGCAAAUAAGAACUGCAAAUUCGCUUUAAUGGAGUGUUGCAUAUAAUCUCAAAAAAAAAAAAAGAAAAAACAACAACAAACACAUACACAUAAAAAUAUAUAUAUACUUACAACAACAACUGCAUACUACUUCACAACGCCGUCAUUUAGUUGGGCUCUACUAAAAAUAAAUCAACCGUAGGAGAACAGGAAGAAACACAUCAAAACGGAAAAAGACACUGCCAUAUAAAAAACAGAAGCUGCAAACUUUACAACCUUCAACUUCAAAACUACCUCGUUUAAGCUACAAAAUAUUGAAAUAAUUCAUAAACCGAUCAAAAAACAGCUGCCAGUGUCUUUAAAAAGACACCAACAAAACAACAAACGCAUAAAAUAACUAACUAAACUAUACAAAAAC